AUGUUGCCAUCCUUAGUGAGGAAAAUGGUAUGCUGUUCAGUGCAAACUGGGAACCUUUUGAAGAAAGGAUAUCGUACACGCUCUAACUUCAAUCGACAACGACGUUUGGAAUUGUUUUGUAGUGAACUAAAGCGGCAAGCAAGGGUUUAUGAAAAAAAAGUUGAGAAGGUGUUCUGGACAAUUGAAAGUGAAGCUGAUAGCGAUCCCGUGAAAGUUUUGAUGAAUCGAAAUAUUUCGACUUAUCGUGAUUGCAUGAAACAUAUUUCACGAUUAAAAGCCGAUCGUAUGGCACUGGCAUAUGCGAAUGGUUCUUAUAAGUCAGUAUUGGAGAAGCUGUCGGGUAAUGGAAAAAUGACACCGUUGGAUUAUAAGUGCCAGAAUAAACAUCACGCCAAUGCCGUUAAUAUGGUUGCUUACUGGCGAACAUGUGCGUUCUUAUUAGGUGCUGUUAUUGACCGAGCGUUUGCUGUUGAUGUACAGUUAGUUGGUCCUUCUAAAGUAGAUUAUCAUUCCGGUAGGUUUGAAUAUAUAGCGAGGAUAGAAAAUCAGGAAAACUGGACACCAAAUUCGGAAAAUUUAUUUGCAUUGACCGAAAAAGCCAUUGGAGAAUACAUCGCAAAACCUCUGGUCGUCGAACCGUUGCUUGUAUCACUAGAAUUUGCAGUGGAUUUGUUUGAUUCAAAUGUUUGGAAACAAAAACUUGUUCAUGAAGUGAAGCAUGAAACCGAGGAUGGCAAACAAGGAGUAAUUAUUUAUCGAAUGGGUGAUUUUGUGGAUCUAACUUACGGGCCUUUGAUUCCACACACCAGUCAUAUUGAUAAAUUUGCUCUGACUAAAGUGGAACAGGAGGGUUCCGAAUAUUGUUUCGUUGGUGUAUCUGUACCGAAAGAAUUGAAAUGCUCAUCAUAUUCGUGGGAUCUAAUUUGUAACGCUUCAGUUAUGCCUCCUGUUAAGCGUCGAAAGUUACUUGAAGCUUUUAUCUGA